AUGAUGAAGAUUUCCACAAUUCGCUUGUCAGUUCAACAACGGCGGAUACCUUUGCCAGCAUUCUUGCAAUUCAGCGUUGCUCUUUUUCUACUAUGCGUAUCCAAUCAAAUCAAUUCCUCAAGCUCCUUCACCUUUGAUCCUUCUGGAAACAUGGUGACGAAUACAAAGAAAGUCUUGGUGACAGGUGCUUCAGGUCAAACCGGCCGAUUGGUGCUGAAAAAGUUGGAAGAAGAUUCUCGCUACGAACCAAAAGCCUUGGUCCGAACAGAAGGCAGUGCCAGACGCCUAGUGCAAAGUGAGAUCAAUGUCCCAUUGGAGCAUAUGAUUAUUUCCGACAUUGCCAGCCCUAACUUUGAAAAAGACUUGCCAUCUGGUUUGGAGGGUUUGGAGGCCAUGAUCGUUUGCACAUCUGCCGUACCACGCAUCAGUCAACGAUCUUUACUAAAGGCCAUGAUGCUAGCGCCCUUGAACUUGGUCAGACGGAAAAAGCCAAUCGAUUUUAAAAGUCUGCAAUUCAAGUGGAAACAUAAUGGAUACCCUGAAAUCGUCGACUACUACGGUCAGAUUAAGCAAUUCAACUUGGCCAAGAAAUUGGGCGUCAAACAUGUUGUCUUGGUCAGUUCCAUGGGCGUCACCGACCGAAGUCACUUUCUAAACAAUGUAGGCAAGAAGAGCGACGGCAGUGGUGAUGGUGACAUUUUAGUUUGGAAGAGGAAAGCGGAACGGUACCUUGUGGAGAGUGGCUUGGAUUACACAAUCUUACACCCCGGAGGUUUAGUUGACGGCCCUGGUGGAGUGCAACAGCUUGAGCUGGAUGUUGACGACAACAUGUUUGCCAAGUAUCCCCGAACGUGCAUAUGUCGCGAAGAUUUGGCGGAUCUAUGUGUGAGUUCCCUGGAAUUUGGAAAAGCCAAAAAGUUAUCCUUUGAUUGUAUCGCACGCAAUGUCGAGGAGGGUCAAACUCGAAGGGACGCCAACAUGGUCCUCCAGAAUUUCUUGGAAGAAGCUAAAACAGCAAACUACCGCUGA